CAGUUCUGUACUCAACGGGUAUAGCUUCUGCACCUCCAGUACCUCAGUCCAUCUUCCCAUCUUCCACCACCCAUCCCAACUCGCGUUGCAUUUCCCCCUUUCACCGCAACAAUCUAGCGAUCAGUACGACGACGACGACCACGACCGGCGACAACGACGACCACGUAACAAACCACCACAAUGACCACAGCCCAUAGGCCCACCUUCGAUCCCGCACGGGGCAAAGAAGCACUCCGCGGGCCCGCCUACCAUCAACGCCUCCUACCGGCCUACACCAAGCUCAAGUACCGUCAACCAGGCCAAGGCGGCGACGAAGCAGAAGACGAGGGGCGUGACCUCGCCUCCGAGCUUCUGGCCGCCGAAGCCGCCCAUUUCGCCAAGAAGAACGGCAAAGCCCUCACCCCUUCGGCCGAUGCGGACGCCGACGCCGACGCCGACGCGGCGCCCGCCACCACGCAGGGCGUGAAGCGCGGCCUUGAUUCGGGCCCAUCCGGCGGACCAGGAGGCGGAGGAGACGCAGAAGAAGAUUUCGAAGCGAAACGACGCCGCAUAUUAGAAGAAUCACGGGACAUCGACGCCGAUUCCGAGGACGGCAGCGACAAGGACGAUGGUGGCGACCAUGGUGAUGAUGAUGAUGACGACGACGACGACGACAGUGAGGAAUCAGAUAGCGACGACGAAGACGCGGAACUGCAACGCGAGAUGGAGAAGAUUCGGCGCGAGAGGGCGGAGAGGCGGGCACGCGAGGAGCGCGAGAAGGCCGAGGCGGAGGAGGCGGCGCGGGAACGAGACAUUGCGCUCGGGAAUCCGCUGCUUAACAAGCCUGACUUUACCAUUCGGAGACGGUGGGACGACGAUGUGGUCUUCAAGAACCAGGCUCGUGGGACGGAUGAUAGGAACAAACCCAAGGAGUUUAUCAAUGAUAUGUUGAGAUCCGACUUCCACAAGAGGUUCAUGAGCAAGUAUGUCAGGUAGACUUUGGUCAUUGGAAAUAGGAGUUAUAUAUAAUAAGAUUCACGAUACCCGAUGCCCGAUACCCGAUGCCCGAUACUCCUACUUUACCCCCUCCUCCCGCGCCCUCAUGUCGCUCGCUCGCUCGGCUACAGGAUUUUCUUCGGUUCACCCCGGAUCCGCGUCACACCAACCUUCUUAUCCACGAAUUCACGCUCGUCCGGCUCGAUAGUGUUCAGGUAGUAGUCGUCCUUGAAUGCGUUGGCGAAUACUUCCAUGCUCGGGACCUCGAAGACGGCACAUCCAUCGUAGUCAGCCAGUGGGCUGGGUCCUGAUGAUUCGGGCCCAAUGGGCGCAACCCCUUCG